AUUGACUCUGAUAUCCCGCCCAUAGAGUCCGUUGGUGGAGUAAAUUCCUAGUUGCUAAAUUGAAUUUUCAGUUAAAGGAUCGGAGAAGAUUACUUGAGUUAGAAAGUGCAGUAGCAUUCCGGGCUCUCGCUCCUAUCAAUCUCAUGUCAGCGCCCAUUCCCAGCUUGCAUGAGGCAUUGAUAUCUCUGCUAUUGUCACAGAAAAAAUGGAGCUUCAUCCGUCUCAAGCAGAUUCACUCUCUGUUUAUCACUUGCGGUCUGUACCACCACAAUUCAUGGCUCAGGAAACUACUCGACCAUUGCAUAUCCCUGCCUGUGUUCCCCUCUUCGUAUGCACUUUCUCUCUUCGCUCGGAUCAAAGAACCUAAUGCCCAUUCGUGGAACACCAUGAUCAAAGGGUAUUCCAUGACUUCAAACCCCCAUGACUCCAUUGUUUUCUAUGCGAAAAUGCGGGAAAAUCGUGUGUUUCCCAACAACCACACCUUUAAUUUGCUUCUCAAAGCCUUUUCCAAGGCCAAAGCAGGAAACCCAUUACAGGUUUUUGCUCAAGUAGUGAAGUUUGGGUUUGGUUCUGACCAUUUUGUGCAGAAUUCUUUGGUUUCUACUUUUGCUGUCUGUGGGCACAUUGAACUUUCGCGCAAGGUGUUCGUUGAAAUGCAGCAAAGAGAUGUCAUUUCUUAUACUGCAUUGAUUGAUGGGUUCAAGAGAAACAAUAGGCCAGCUGAAGCUUUGGAGCUUUUUCUCGAGAUGAAAAGGACGGGUGUGAGGGUGGAUGAAGGUACUAUAGUUAGUGCUCUUUGCACAGUUGGGAUGCUGGGAUAUGUUUGGUUUGGGAAGUGGCUUCAUGGAUUCUAUAUAGUGCCUGGGAGAGUUCAUCAGGAUGUCUAUAUUGGCAGUGCUCUUGUGGAUAUGUAUUCUAAGUGUGGAUUCUGUGAUGAUGCUAGUGAAGUCUUUGCAGAGAUGCCAUGCAAGAAUCUUGUUGCUUGGACUGCACUGAUAGCUGGAUAUGUUAACUGUGAAAGAUUCAAGAAUGCACUGAAUGCUUUUGAAGACAUGCAGGCUAGUGGACUAGAGCCUAAUCAAGCUACACUAACUGUUCUUCUCACUGCCUGUACUAAGCUAGGGGCUUUAGACCAGGGCAAGCAGCUUGAGAAGCAUAUUGACUCACAAGGACUCAAAAUCAACCUGGCUCUUGGCAGUGCUUUGAUAGAUUUGUAUGCAAAGUGUGGAUGCAUCAAUGAUGCACUUUUGGUUUUCAGAAAGAUACCAGUUAAAGAUGUUUAUGUAUGGACAGCCAUCAUCAAUGGGUUGGCAAUGCAUGGUGAAGCUGAGAAAUGCUUAGAUCUCUUCAGGGAAAUGUUGAGCAAUGGGGUCGAGCCCGAUGGAGUCACAUUCAUUGGGGUCCUCAGUGCUUGCUCUCAUGGUGGACUUGUGGAUGAGGGACAGAAAUUGUUUGCAGAGAUGGACAGUGCCUAUGGAGUACAACCCACUGUUGAUCACUAUGGUUGCAUGGUUGAUCUGUUGGGCCGGGCGGGACGACUAGAGGAAGCAGUCGAGUUGAUUGCAGGCAUGCCAAUGGAGCCAACCCCAGGUGUUUGGGGGGCUCUAUUUGGUGCAUGCAUGAUUCACAAGGAGUAUGGACUGGGAGAAUGGGUAGGAAAUCUGCUAAUCAGUAUACAACCUCAUCACAGUGGCAGGUAUACACUUCUGGCAAAUUUACAUUCAAUGUCUCAAAACUGGAAAGCAGUAGCUCAAGUCAGGAAAAAGAUGAAAGAAAAUGGAGUUGAAAAGAUCAGGGGGUGUAGUUGGAUUGAACUGGAAGGUGUUAUCCAUGAAUUUAUAGCCUUUGACAAAUCACAUGCCCAGUCUGAGAGUGUGUAUCUGGUCUUGGAUAGCCUUGCCACCCAACUGGAACCUGAAAAUUUUGUUCUCCAUAAUGUUCACACAGGUGGCUUCCUGUUUAACAGUCUUAAAGCAUAGUAGAUUUCCAGGUUAUCAAUGAACACCAUUCAACAACAAUUUUAUUUCUCAGAAAGACUACAAAGUAUCAAGUUAUAAACCACAAUGAGAGAUACACUCUGGUUGUUAUAUCCUAAUAUGUUACGCAAUGAUGCUUUCACAUUAUCUCCAUCCUUUUGCGCUCCCUCUACAUGGACAGAACAGCAUAUCAAGUAAUUCUGGAUUCUGGAAGAUGAACCCAAAAAGUGACUCCUCUUACCAAGUCACGGUGGCUGUAAGAAUAAUUAAUGAAUUUCAAGCGGUGUAAAAUCAAAGGAUCACCGAAGAAAUUGUUUCCAGUCUUUAUGUUGCAAGAGUCACGGUGACAGCGAGAAAGUUGGAAACUCAAAAUCCUAAGAAUUCCCAUGGAAUGAAAUAGAAUUAUGCCAUAUAUCUGAUCUCAACGGGAACUAGGAGACUUCCAGAUGAGUCUUGAAUGCUAUUAGUCCGCUUUAUCAUCAGAAGGCUCCAAUAACCAGUUUGCUCUCCAACCAAUUGAAGGUGACAAAAGGCGUUCGGUUUUCCAACCAGAUGACUGAAGCUGCCAAAAAGCAAAAAUAGAAACGGAAAGAGUAAAUAUAUUGUUCUUUUACUAGUUUGGAAGGGGAAAAGGGAUAAAGCAUUGUCUUAUGUAACCAGAUAUCAAAUGGUGUGCUUCAAUAUAUAGUUUUAAGGAAACGACACUCCAAUGUUA